GAAUAUGGCAACCGUGCCACGCCCUCGUACGUGGCCUUCACGGACACCGAACGACUCAUCGGUGACCCUGCCAAGGUCCAGGACGCAGUCAACCCGGAAAACACCAUAUUCCAUGUGAAGCGACUGAUUGGGCGUCACUUCUACGACCCCGUGGUACAGGCAGACAUGCCGUUGUGGCCGUUUUCCGUCAUUAACAAGAACGGCAAGCCUAAAAUACAGGUCUGGUUCAAGGGUAAACUCAAGAGCUUCUACCCUGAAGAAAUAGGUGCCAUGAUACUGUACACACUAAAGAGUUCUGCCGAGGCGUAUCUUGAGUACCCAGUACGCAAUGCCGUGAUCACUAUACCAGCGUAUUUCAACGAUUCCCAGCGGCAGGCAACCAAGGACGCCGGCGCCAUCGCUGGCCUCAAGGUACUACGCAUCAUCAACGAGCCGACGGCAGCCGCGAUCGCGUACGGUAUCGAUAAGGCAGAAGAAGAGCAAAACGUGCUAAUUUUUGAUUUGGGAGGUGGAACUUUUGACGUCUCCAUCUUAAACAUCGAAGAGGGCCUCUUUGAGGUCCGCGCUACGGCUGGACACACCCACCUUGGCGGUGAAGACUUCGACGGCCGCCUAGUGGAGCACUGCGCUAGCGAGUUCGCCAGGAAACACGGACUGGAUUUGCGCAGUAACAAGAAGGCCCUAAGGAGGCUAAGAACGGCGUGUGAGCGAGCCAAGCGCAUGCUUUCGACAGCGACGCAGACCAACAUUGAACUGGAUGAGCUCCACGAAGGCGAGAAUCUGCAUGUGGUUAUCACUCGUGCACGCUUUGAAGAGCUUAAUAAGGACCUGUUUCAAAAGACCCUGGGUAUCUUGCAACAAGUGCUGCACGAUGCGAACAUGACUAAAGAGAACAUAGCAGAGGUGGUGUUGAUUGGAGGGUCGACGCGAAUACCGUACAUAGAGCAGAUGGUGAAAGCGUUUUUCGGAAAAGAACCAAGCAAGACCAUAAACAAGGAUGAAGCUGUCGCUCAUGGUGCGGCCAUUCAAGCUGCUAUCCUUAACGAAGACUCUUCCAAGACCAUUCCUGAUCUGGUUCUUGUCGACGUGACUCCUCUUUCCCUUGGCGUUGCGGUGUUUGGAGAAAACAUGGAUGUAAUUAUCGAACGAAAUACAUCCAUCCCAGUUCAAAACACGAAAAGAUACUGCAGCACUUAUGACAAUCAAACAGAGUUCAUAAUCAAAGUGUUUGAGGGCAAAGAACAGAAAACAGCUAAUAACAAUAAAUUGGGAGAAUUUACUUUGUCCGGGAUCCCACCAUUGCCAAGGGCAAAGGCUGAAGUUGAUGUAACGUUCCACAUCGACGCCAAUGGGAUUGUUCACGUUUCGGCCGUGGAAACCACCACCAAGAACAAAAACCAGAUAACAACUACUAGUAAUAAGGGGCGGCUGUCGCAAGAGGAGAUUUUGCGACUGGCACAGAAAGCUGAAGCCAUGAACCUGGAUGAUAAGGCAAGGCGAGAAGCUGUCGAAGCAAGAGACGCAUUGGAGCGUCUCUGCCAGCGCGGAAAGCGCGAGGGGUCAUCCCGAGUCCAAUAUAUUUGCCAGACACUGCUAUUGUGGCUGGCUAAUACCGAAGCCACGGUGCCGGCUAAGGACAUCAUCGCUAAACAACAGGAGUUGCAACUACUCCUCGAUAAUAAAAAUAAUCUCGCUAUAAGUAGAUAA